AUGACUGUGGACCACCCUCGACGAACGGGCGAUGAGGAAGCGCUCCCAGAGACCGAAGGCCGCUUCGAUGCGAUCAAGCCACUGACCCGGCUACGUGGCGCUUUACCAACUGGCUUUGUUCGAUCUACGAGUCCCGAUACACGUCCUCUCCCUACCACCACCUCAGACCGCCGACGCGUGUCCAUCGAUGCGGCUUCCCUUGAUCGAGAUGCGCAUCUCUCGGAGAGGGUCACAGAACAACAGGAGAGCGGGCAGGCGCUGACUGGAACGUCUGCAGAGGGAGAGACCGUCCUAUACCUAGCGUAUGGCUCUAAUCUGGCAUCCGAGACAUUUCGUGGCAUGCGUGGGAUUAAGCCUCUCUCGCAGAUUCCGGUGCUUGUACCAGAGCUCCGCCUGACCUUUGACCUCCCCGGAAUCCCUUAUGCCGAACCCUGUUUCGCGGGCACACAAUACAGAGAUCCCGGAUUUGUCAAUGGUGAAGAGACAGAAUCUCAAGACGACGACCUUUCUAUAAUCGAUGGGGACUUCUUAUCAGAAAAGGAGCCACUGUUGGUGGAGACGCGGGACGUACAAGGCUCAGAGGCGAACAGGAACCGGUGGCAUAAACCCCUUGUCGGUGUUGUUUAUGAAGUGACUUUGGCCGAUUAUGCGAAGAUCAUUGCUACCGAGGGUGGUGGUCGCGGAUACAGAGAUGUGGUCAUCGAUUGCUACCCCUUUGCGAAGGGCUUCAAGCCAACCGACCCAGUCCCAGAUCAUCCUGAGACUACAGCAUUCAAGGCCCACACCCUUCUAUCACCGAGCACAGAUGAUGCUCGAAAGGCGAAGGAGGUUGCCAAACAUGGUGAUUCCUCAGUCACGUAUAGUUCCUGCCCCAAAUCUUCAAUAUUCGGCGACAUGGGACCGCACAUGCGUCCUGAUCCUGAGUAUGCGCAGCCCUCUGCCCGCUACUUGAAUCUGCUUGUCACGGGCGCCGCCGAGCAUGAUCUCCCGAUCGCAUAUCAGGACUACCUUUCUGGGAUCCACACGUACAAGAUCACCACAGUCCGGCAGACAAUUGGCAAGGUCAUCUUCCUUGGUCUAUGGGGACCGGUUGUUCUCUCUCUUCUGGCGUUCUCAAAGAGAUUUGCGGGUCCAGAUGGACGAAGCCCGCCUUGGCUGGUGACCUGGUCGAAUGUAGUAUUUGCGGGGGUGUGGCACAGCUAUGAUUACUUCUUCAAGAGAGUGUUUGGAGAUGGCGAGCGGACAUUGGGAGAUACCCCAUCGAUUUGA